AUGACCCCACCAAGGUUUGACCCACUCCUCUCUGGUCCAGGAGAUGCUGGGAAGUGGCCGACUGAUCUGUACAAACAUCCAGAGUUGAAACAAACGAGUGAAACCAACAGAAGUAGAUCUUUGUGGUUUGAGGGAUCUCUUAAGUCACAGAUAGGGUGGAAGACCUCUGACGACGUUAAACCCCACAGCACUAACACACUUAAGAUGGAAAUUUUGCCCCACAGUGACUUUACAAUCUCUCUGGAUGUUGGUAGUAAACAUAAACAUCAGUUCAUAGUUAUCUUGGAGGAGGACCCUGCUGUAAUCGAGUCGGCCACUUACCUGUUUCAGAGGCUUCCCUCUGAAUCAACCCUGCUAAGGUACCACAAGGGGACACUGCAGAUUCUCAGAGAGAGUUCUUUCUUUCCUCCUGGUGACCACGAGGUUGUUCUGGUUGGUCACAGUAGCGCUGGAUCCAAUGGAACAGUCCUAUCCGGUUAUGAUCCUGAGGAGCUUGCCAGGUUUGUGUCAACCUUGAAAUACGAGGGCAUCUUUGGUUCGCUCCAAACAAUCAGCAUCAUCAGCUGCAACCUUGGAAAUGACAAGGACUUCAUUUUACAGCUGCUGCAGGUCCUCCGGUCUCUUGGUGUAGAAACAAAACUGAACCUUUAUGACGCUUUCCUGUCCAUCAGUGCUGACGGGAAGAUCCUGACCAAGACCGAGGGUGUCUGGAGGUCCCAUGACCAUCGGACAAGAGUCACUGCAGAACUGGAUCAAACAGGUGACCUUGAAAUAAGAGCAGAACUUGGCUGUGCUGGUCAGGUAUUGCCUAAUCAUAGAGGAAGUGUUUUGUUUCUUCAGACACUGAAUUGGCCAAGACAUCCUCAAAUGUUUGUUCCAAGAGAGCUUCGUAAAAAAUAUCCCUCUAUUGACUGCCUGGAGGGGCUGACCUGGAGCUUGUUCUUUGAGACCGAAAGACGACGAGCUCCGGAUUAUGUCCCACAGAGUGAUAAUGGGGGGAGGAUGGCGGUUUGGCUUCAAGAACCUGGACCAAAUGAGGACAUUGUCAUAAAGCAGAUCAAUAACAUCCAGGAUCUACUCGUGGAGAUACGAUACAACGCCAGAGAAGAGGUUAGAUCAGACCUUUACUAUGUCCUGAAUGAGUGCAUCUACAGAGUACAGGCGAAAAACCUCAGCGUCACUUUGGUGGGAAAGUUCAUGAGCUCUGACAACCAAGCAGAAAUUGAAAACUUCCGUCUACAUUUCAAUGAGGCGCAGAAUCAGUCAUCUUUGCAGGAGCUUAGAGAGGGUCUAAAACCCGCCAAAUUCAAUGACUUCUGCCGCCAGACCUUCCAGUACCAGCAGUGCAGCUACAACUGCGAGCGCUGGGGUCGAUACUUCAUGUCGGCUGUGUUUUCAGCAUCUGUCAUAAACUUCAGGACCUUCUCACUCUUUCUCAUGAGCGUCAUAGGCUGUGAGGUCGGUCGGUCACGGGGGAUGGACAGCACCCUGUGCACGGCGUUUGUUGGAUCUGACCACCCCAUGGAGACAGAAAACCCCCACCCUGAAGGUCUGCAACGAGGAUUUUACGGCUGCUCCGUUGAUAGCUACGAGAUGGCCCCUCAGGAGAAGCAGGUUUGGUUGGAUAAGGUCGUGGCAAAGGAGAACGCCCUGUACGUGAAAUCCAAGCAGAUGAUGAACAACGUUGACCAUGAUGAGCAAACGGAGCUGGACAUCUUUGGAAAGGUGAAGGUCAUGAAUAAGUACGUGUUCUCAUCUUAUCUUGAGUUCUUCAGAGGAACACCUGAAGGGAGGAAACUUAAGAGAGGAUGUGCUCCUUCCUUCAAUAACAACUAUUUUAAACCAUAA